AUAUGAAGAGUGAAGAAGCACAUGUAGAAAUCCAGGUGGAGAGUCUUGUUUUUCAGUGCUGUAACUCUUUGACUUCUGCCAAAUUCAUGGUAGAACCUGUGCCACGGUAUGCUUCUGAAGGAGAAAGUAUUCUUCUCCUCGUUCAUUAUCUGCCAGAAGAGGUGAUAUCCUUCUCCUGGUACUAUUCGAUGUAUACGAUCCCAAACUUUAAAAUUGUAGACCACCAUGUAAUCUGGAAUAUCACCACAUGGAGUGAUGCAUACAGAGAAAGAGGGAUGGUGUAUGCCAGUGGAUCCCUACUGCUCCUGGACAUCACUGAGGAAGAUGCAAGAAUGUAUACACUAGAAAUUUUAAAUAUAGAUAACAAGGUUGAAAGAGCACAUGUGCAGUUUUAUGUAGACAAGCCUGUGACAGAGCCCUUCAUUCGAAUAACUGACACCACAGUCAAAGCAAACAGAUCUGUGACAUUCUCCUGUGUUUCACCGGACACCAGAAUCUCCAUCCGUUGGUUCUUCAAUAACCACAAUCUGCAGCUCACAGAUAGGAUAAAGCUGUCUCCAUCAAAGUGUGGACUCAGAAUAGAUAAUGUUAGAUAUGAGGAUGCUGGAGAAUACCGGUGUAUAGUCAUCAACCGAGCUGGUAAAGGAGUGGGUAGUCUGCCAGUCAGGUGGCCAUGAUGAAUGAGCAACCCCUCCUCUCAUCCUACAGUAG